AUCUCACUUCUUAGGGGGUGGUAGAAAGAUAAAAUUGUGUCGCCCUUUACCUAAAUGACGUCAUCAUCUGUCUUCACCAAACAUGGCUGCCGGCUUUAGGAGUUAUGUUUGGGAUCCGUGCCUUAUCAUUUCGCAAAUUGUCGCUGUCCAAAGCGUGUAUUAUGUAUUCUUAGCUUUCUGGGUUGCAUUCGUGGACUUUUCGACGGGAAAUUCGCGGUCACUGGACCAGUUUUUUAGUGAAGAGGAUAUUCAAUAUACCUCAUCUAGGGGGAAGAUAACGAUGGUGGCUUUUUGUCUGAACACGCUAACUGGGGCUGGUGGAUUGUGGGCAAUUGUUAGGAGAGCAAAGCAAUGUCUGGAUUUUGCUGCUACUGCACAUCUUAUACACUUGGUCAACUGCUCUAUUUAUGAAGGUUUUCCAACAUCAGCUAGCUGGUGGUUCUUGAACUUAACAUGCAUGGCCUUGAUGGCUGUGAUAGGCGAAUUUGUUUGUAUGAGAACUGAGCUCAAGGCUAUUCCUGUUACUGUUUCUUCUGUCAAGUCUUCAGUUUGACAUCUAACUGGAUUUAGUUUCAUUUGUUGGUUGGAAAUGGGUAAGCAAACUGAUGAGCUCCUUGCAAAGCAAGUGCUUGGACAGUCCAUUUCAAGUGGUUGUACUUGGGUACCUACAUGGAAGAUGUUAAGGUCCAGUGUAAUCUGAAGUACACAUCUUUUCAUGGCAGAGAACAAUGGGGACACAGACCUGAAGUCUACACAUAUUCAAAUUCUUACUGGGUGUUGACACAGAAAACUUAAUAUGUUCCAGCAAGGGACAUUUCAAUUGAUGAAUAAGACCAGAGCAAAUCAUACAAUCUGAACAUACACACAUAUGUAUACAUAGAAAUAUCUAUACCAUAUUGUUUCAAGAGUGAAUAAUCCUGUAUGCUGGAUAAAUCUUGCUCUGCUGAAUAGUGCAGUAUGUUUUGUUGACACUUUUCUUGUUGGAUAGCUUUAGCACCCUUUGAAAAACUGGCUCUGCUAAAUAUACAUCAAGAUUAUGGUUAAUUGUCAGUACUCGUCACAAUUACGUUGCAUAUGAGACACAGUGCACUCAGUCUCAAACCUAUUUUCAUUCAUGAUUGAAAUGUGUUUUGGACAAACAGUUGGAUUAAGCCCAUCAUAGUUAAUAUUGAUAGAUAAUAGCUGGUAUAUAUUAAUUUUUUAGAAUAUGUUUAAAUCUACUUUCUCCUGUGUUUCUCAUGAGUUCAUUCCUAAUUCAUCAUAGUUUUAUAUUGAUUAUUUUUUCACUUUAUUUCUUUAAUUUGUACUACUCUAGUAAUUGUCAUGCAUUUUAUACGUAAGCCUCUGGCUUCGAUGUAAGGGCGACCUUCUCCAAUGUCAUGACACUAAUGGAUUGAUUGAUUGAUUGAUUGAAGUAACUGGGAGGAUAGAGAAAUAAUGGUACAUUUUGUCUCCUUAUUACCUUAAUGUUACUGUUUGUUUAAUUAUAUUGAGUGAUAUUGCAUUUAUUGUGUGCAGGAAAACUCAUUGGGUAAAUGGUCCACAUUACAUCGUUUGGAAGUGGGCUAGAGAACUGGGGUUGAGUUCUUGAAGUCAGGGCUUCAAGAUAAACUUAACAAGAGAAAUAUUGUGAAAGAUGGACUUGCCUAUUUUUAAUGUUGUUUUUAGACAUUUCCAUGUACAGAAAAUUUGUAAGGUUGGGUUUGGAUUGAAUACUUGGGUAUUAAUACGCAAAAGAUUAUUUUAAUGAACAGGGUUUUUACUCUGAGCAAGGUGCAGCAAAUUACAGUGCAGAUGUUUGAUAUAUUGACCAAAGCACUCGAUUAUAAUUUAUAUACAGGUUUUAUGUCUUUCAUCCAUGUGGAAGAGCUAUUUAUUGAUAAUUGUGAUUUUCAGAAGACACUUUUAAGAAAGUACACUUUAGAAACCAGACAGUAUAAUUUUUAUCUCCACCUUUAAAAUGGACAGAAAUAUGAAAACGGAAUACAGCCAAACCUUGAUUGUCCUGACCUCGAUUGUCUGGACUGGCUUCUUUGGUCCCAUUUUUUCAUGAAUGUUAACUACUCACAUUCAAGAUCUGUAACAACUUUCUCCCAUCAAACCAAGCAGACGUGCUGAAUCAGUGUUAAUGCUGUUCUAUCAAUGCAGCUUCGGUGUAAAUAUGUUUGUCUAACUUUGGCAGUGAUGCACAAUUAUUUGAGAACACCCUGUAAUUCUUGCAUAAUAGUGAUAAAAUGGUACAUAUUCAGUCUUAUUUCUGGCUCAUUGAUAUUCGAAUAUUUUUGAUUGGCUGGACUCUUGAUUAUCUGGAUUAUUCAACCUAGUAUCCACGGAUCCAGAUAAUCAAGGUUUGACUGUGUGUACCCUGGAGGGUAAGAUGAUGGAGAUGAAAACUACAUGGAUUCUAGAACAUACUUUUCCUUUAAGAUUGAAAUGAAAUAGUUUAAAAUGAAUUGGAGAACUUAUUUGAAAAAUCCAACAAAGUACAUUUAGUAAAGCAAUUGUGUUCUGGGUCCUGUUAUAGAAGAAAAAAUUUUUCUUGAGAAAAGGUAAACCAAUUUACGAAAUACUAUGAAAUUGUGGCAUGCUUUAGAGAGUGAUGUUUCUAAACCAUUUUCCAUAAAACAGUUUAAAGGCUGCUUUACACACAUAAUGACUGUCAAUUGCAAAUUGGGAGAUAAUUAAUACAAGCAUUUGUGUUCAAUUAGAGUCAAGUAACUUCCAAUCAUCAUGCUUCUCCUCCUUCCUUCUGAUAAAGAAAAAUUUUCAUGUUUUAUCAAGCGAGAUACAACUCAAAGCUGUUACAACAAUUCGAUAUUCUUGUGAUCUAUUUGGUGAAGAACAAAUUUAUAUUUAGAUGAAAAGUUACAUAGAAUCACCUCUGUGCAAUAAAAAGUUAGUUUUUUUUCUCCAA